UGGAAAUGAGAUAAAACUGAGCUGCCACUUUAGGAAGCUCUCAUUCACUCACUUGUGCAGCCAGAAACCUCUGAAGCCAAAACUUUUGGUGACUCGUCAUUGUGCUGGAUGGCAGCUGUUUUCUGCAAGCAAUAGAGAGAUCAACAGGUGGAGGGAAUGAAAGUUUGAUUUUUUCAAUUUGUGGAUUUUGAAAAUAAGCAGAAGUGUGAAGUAUUUUUGCUUUGACUAUUUUUGGUUUGUAUCUCAAACUUUAUAUUUUGCUGAAGACGUUUUUAAAGAAGACAACACUGAACUACAACUCUGAAUAUAGCACACCACUGAACAGACUAUGAAUGUGCUAUCAAACCCAGUGAUCAGGGCCCAGGAGCAGUCUUUACCUCUGUGUAGCCCCGGGUCUGUCCAGGAUUUACCCCACUGCCCUCCAGGGUUCAACCUGGGCUCCCCUCUAAACCCUGCACCCAUGCUUGGCCUCCAGAUUGGCCAAAGACCAACCAAACCACAGAGGGAGCUGAGCCCUGAGGAGCAGCAGGAACUCAGAAGGAAGAUCAAUAGCAGGGAGAGGAAGCGUAUGCAGGACUUGAACAUUGCCAUGGAUGCCCUCCGGGAGGUCAUGGUGCCUUAUGGCUCCUCGCCAUCUUCUGCCUCCUCCUCUCAGUCCCACCAGCCUGGAGCUCCUCCAGGCCGCAGGCUCUCUAAGAUAUCCACCCUAGUUCUGGCCAGGAACUACAUCCUUCUCCUGGGUUCGUCUCUGCAGGAGAUGCGGCGGCUGCUGGGAGAGGUAAGCGUCGGGAUGGGGGUGAACACAGGACCGGUCCCCCGGCUGCUUCUCACUGGAGGGUGGCCCCUCAUCUCUGGCCCCAGUCAGCUCCUCCUCACCCAGGAGUCCCUCCUCACCACAGCAGCAUCCUCCUCUUCCUCCACUUCAUCGUCUUCUGCUGCUAAAUGUCCCCUGUUGUCUCCGGGCCCCAUGGAGGCCUCACUGGCCCCUGUGCAGUGGAGCUCUGCAGGGCCCUCAGGAGGGCCAGUGUGCCCCUGUGGAGUCUGCAGACUGCCCAGAUUUAGCCACUCCACUUCAGCUCCAAGAUUCCCAAAAUGACUUCCGGAAGUUAAAGUUUAAGAACGGACUUGAUGACUGUUACAGUAAAUGUAUGUAAAAUUCUUUUUAUAUGAAUUGUUAUUUUUCUAACAUUUAUAACAGGUUUAUAAUAAUUUAACUCACAAUUAUCCUUUGAGUUUUUUAAACCUAAUGGAUCUACUCUAUAUUUGGUAAGCCAGUUUCUAAGUAAAUAUAACCCUUUUUGUUUCAGAGAUAUGUUGUGUGAUAUCAGUUUUCCCAUUUCACAGAGAAAUAAUUUACUAUCGUACUUUGUUGAUCCAUGGUGAAAUUGUGUGCUGUAAUGACGUGUGUGUGUGUGUGAGUGUGUGUGUGUGUGUGUGUGUGUGUGUGUGUGUGUGCGUGUGUGUGUGGUGCAUUUGAUUCCAGUAUCAAAAGAAUAUAUAUAUAAAUAUCACAAUUUCCCCACUGGAGAGGGCC